CGAAGAAUAAUGAGGCCGAUCAGGAAAAUAAAAAAUGACUCAAAAAUCAGCAUGGCUUGUACAAAGAAAAUACAGAAAAAAAGCAAGAGUGACCCAAAAUUUACAGUUGAUGAGAAUGGUCUUCCCAAUUCAAUGAAGACUAUUGAUUGGCUUCCCAAUGAUUUGAUUGUGGAUAUAUUAGGUCAUGUUGCUGCUACAUCCAUCUCUGAUUUCUUCAACGCUAAACUAAGCUGGAAAUUGUUCAAUAGAUUAGCCAAAGAUAGCGAUGACUAUAUGCACAACAAACUAUCACUUGAUGAACUUUCUUGUCACCCAUUGGACCUGUACUUGUGCAAGGAAGCAACUUCCCUUUUUAUGAAGUGCCUAAAGAAUCAAAAUUCAGAAGCUAUGUAUCGACAGGGUGUGAUUAAAUACUUGAACUUUCACCGGAAAAAAGAGUAUGGUUUAGAAUUGUUGAAAAAAGCUGCCCAUGCAGGCCACCUUGGGGCAUGUUAUUUCAUGGGUAUCAUCUUAAUUUGUAAAGAAGAUGAUGAAAGUGGCACUAAGAAAGGGUUACAAUUGUUAGGCACCAUUAAAACAAGUGCCCAAAUGCGAGAGUGUCGAGACAAACUGAAGGAGAUAGCCAACUCAUUGUGGCUUACUCCAAAUCGUGACUUUCUUAGAGCAAAACUUUUUGAGUGCCAAUUUCCAGAAUGGAAGCGAAACUCGUGGCCUCAUGCAGAUGAUUCGUUGUCCUGUCACACAUGCAGAGUCAAUCAUGAAAUAGUUUGCGCAUGCAAUAUAGUCAACGGUGGCAAUUCAUUUUCAUGCCAAACUUGUUAUCAAUAA